UUAACGCCUGGCCUAAGUGACAACACGAGUGUCAGUUUUGCUCUUUUUUUGGCUUGAGAACGCAAUUACAAAUUAUUUGGUAUAAUAUUUACAAACUUUAUAACUCUUUUGUCUUAAUAUUUCUUUAUGCAUUAUAUUUUAGCUGUUUUUGUUUUGUAUAUCACAUUCUAUAGUCAGAUUUUUCCGUAACAAUACUGGACUAUUAUGUCUCUGGAGCCUAAAGUACAAGCAAAAAAUGAAGGAGCAAUGGGUUAUGCUAAAUGUAAGAUACCACAGCGAUUAACGCCGACUCGACAACGCACUCCUUCCGCUAAUAAAGCGAUGCCUGAUACUAAAUACAAACCGUCCAUCAGGCCGAGGUCGAACGAGUCAGCUACAAAGAGUAACAAAAUAUUUGAUGACACCAUAGAAAUGAUACCGAAUAUGACACGGUCCGCCAGACUGGAGCGAGAGAGGUUGUUGCCGAUAUCGAAAGUAAAAAAAAGGCCCUUCAUAAAAAGACAAUUGAACAACGAUAACUAUAAUGACAGCCCCAACAAAACAACCAGACAAAUUAUAACAAUACCCUUAAGACAGAAAAUGUUACUAUCCAAAGCUACGUAUCAAAGAUCCAAUUUACCUGACCAGGAGACCAUAAAGAAGUGUGAAGAAUUGGAGCUGAACCAAAAGGAUUCCACUGACGCUGCCCAGCUUUAUAGUGAUAUGAAGAACUUGUUCUACGAUUCCAACGAAGAAGAAUCAGUUACAUCUCGUAGUGAUAAGAUCGCCUACCUCAAAAACAACUGGCAAGAAAAAAUACUGCAGUUUCAGGAAAUGAAAAGCGAACUUUAUAAUCGACAGAAAACCAUACUGGAAGUAUACGCCAUCCUCCGCAACACAAAGGAGAAGCUGCGAGUGCUGGGCCACCCAGCCAGCCUGCCGUCCGCCGAGGAUCUGCGCGUGAUGAAUGUGGCCAACAUGUCGCCGGGGCAGCUGCUCCAGCUGUGUGCUGGAUCAAAAGUUAAGAAAGAAGAAAAUGAACAACUCUCCCCGAGGGGUUUAACGAUUGAUUUGAAAAGGGUAAAUGACAUGCCGUCGAAGCUCGUCGCCACAUGCGAACAGACCCUCGUCAAGAGAAAAGAGUUCAUUGACUGGUUUCACAGCUUCUUGAACAAUUCAGUGAAGGAGUAUUCGAAACAAAAACUUUUAAAAAAAGUCAACGAAUUCAACGAAGAGAAUGACAUGAUUUACAGCAGCUUACAGAACUCUAAGAGCGAGUUCCUCAAUGAGAUAAACGACUACUUGAGAACUUAUUGGAACGAAGCAGUCCGCCUUCAAAUGCAAAACGAAGAACUAACGUGUACUUUGUCCGAGUUGAAUUCCCAGAAUAAGGACCUCCAAAAACGAAUACAUAUUUGCGAGCAACAAAAGUCCUACAACAAUAAGUUGAGGAUCGAGGAACUUGAAAAAGAACUAAAAGAAGAAAAUAUCAAGAGAAUGACUAUAAAGGACAGGCUGUCAAGGGCCGAAGGUCAGGUGAAGAUCGGCGAGGAAAGGUCGCUGCAGUUGGAGAGUUCUCUGAGCCACGCCAGGAACAGGACGAGAUCCUUGGAGCGCACCGUGCAGCAAUUACAUGAUCAAAACGAACAACUUCAAAAGGACUUUGAUGUGGAAUUAAAUAAAUUAAAGGAAUCGAUGAGGAAAAACACAUUGCAGCUGGAAGAGAUAGCCGCUGCGAGGGAAUCAUUGCAGGCUGAGAAAGAAGACUUUAAAAAGAAAUUGGAGGAAUUGUCUGAACAAUACAGCGAGUCCGUCAACAACGUUAACCAGGAACUGAAUAAAAAUGUGACAAAACUAAUGGACGUUGAAAAGAAAUAUAAACAUUCAAAGGAAGAGAAUCUGAGUUUGAGAAAUACCGUGGAGUCCCAGAGCGCACGGAUAGCGGAUACAGAGGAACGAUACGCUCAGCUCCUCGGAGAGUAUAAGGACAUGGAAGCGGCGUUUAAAGAAACAGUUAAAUAUAAAGAUCAGUUUGAGGAAACGAGAGAAAAGCUCGAAAAAACUAAUUCCGAUUUAGCAAAAUAUAAGAACUUUGUCUCAGAACACAGUAAAGUUAUAAAAGAAAUGGAGACUGAUUAUAAGAGGUGUCACAUGUUGGAAGAGAAACUAAAAGGAGAGAUUAAGAAAAAGGAAGAAUAUAUAGCAAUACUGGAAAACAAACAGGAACAUAUGGAGCGACAGAUACAAGAAAGUGAAAGUAAAAUGAAAAUGUAUGAAAGUCAGUUGAUCGAUUUUAAAGAGCAAAUAAAAAUUUUGCAAGAACACUUCGGUGAAUUAAAAGAUUUGAAUAACCUUCGCAAUCUGGUUGAAGAACAAAACUCGUUGUUGUCCAAAGCCAAGGAGGACUUGAAUAAAAUAACAGAGGAUAUCUUCAUGAAGAGAGGCGAAUUAAAUGAAGUAGAAGAGACGCUCAGGGAGCAAGACGAAAUACUCAAGGAAAGAAAGAAUAUUUUACAAAUUAUGUCCGAAAAGGAGGAAGAACAAAAUAACAUAAUACACCUCAGUCAAGAAAUCGAAGAGAAGAAUACAGAAAUUAACUCACUAAUCACCAACAUUGAAACAAGGAAACAACAAAUAUGUCAACUCGAGAAAAUCAUUCUCACCUUGGAAGAUCAAAACUGCAGAGCUGCGAUACAAAAACGAAAAGACCACGACAAGAUUCAUUCGCUGGAGAUGAAGCUUAAGGACUGUGAAUGUUAUAUUGAGAAAAAACUAAACAGAGCUCCGCAAUUCGAACAUUUAGAUAACUUAAUAAAGAUACUCGAGGAAGAGAUUGAAGCGCCAUAUGAGAAGCAGUUGCUGGCUGCCAAGGAAAGCUACAGCGACUACAGAAACCUUGAGGUUUUGGACAACCAUCACACAAAACGAUUUUACGACGAACACAAUCAAAUUCAACAAGAAAAUGUUAAAACACCCACUAAAAUAGUCAUGGGAAAUUUCGUCAAGAAAACAUACGAUUUAUCAAAUGAUUCUAAAUACGAUUAUGACAAUCUCGACCGAAAGCAGGCCAUCACCCAUAUUGAAACACAGAAGUGGAUGCCCCCUCCCAACGCAGACGAUCUGAUGGCUUUUAAUGAAAGUAAUUUAAUAUACCACAAUAGGCCAGGCCAAGCUAAAUACCCAGCUGAAAAAUACUUAAAAAACCUCCUUCCUGAUCAAUCGAGAAUUGAUAAAAAGAGUAAAAUGUUUAAAUUCGCCGGUCACCCCCUCGCUUGAAUGGGAUGUUAGUUUUAUGGCGUUUGUAGAAAUAUUAAAAAAUGAUGUGUGAAAUGAAAGGUUUUCAAAUGUAUAAAUUAUAAUUUAUUACAAAUUGACGUUUUGUAAAUUAUUUAAAUUUCUUCAUAUUUGUUAC